AGUCCUCUCAGGUCAACUUUGGUUGUGUCUGGUAUGAACUGUGGGGCCGGGGUACAGGUGACCAGGGGACUGAGAGUGACCUCAGGGUGGAGAUAAUGAACAAUAUGACCAAGGCACAAGGAGGGAUGUGGGCUCUGUAAAGACACUUAAGCUCCAGCAAGAUCCCAGGAAUGUGCAUACACAUGUUUAUGCAACGCCUGCUUUUGGCUUUCUUUGAACUUCUGGUUCGUACUUCAUGCCAGUUCUCUGUUGUGACAGGUGUGACAUGCUUGAACUGUUCUUGAUAAAAGGAAACCGAGCCGCUGGACCAAAGGGGCAUGACAAAGGCUUCUAAAAAGGUGUUACCUCUGACAGGUUUUGGAUGGAUUUGGAGAUUCGGAUAGGAACACGCCCCCUUGGCCUUUCCCACUUCUCCGCUCUCUUCUCCCUUCUGCUUUUCUUCUUUUUCCUUUUCGGACAGGGUCUCACGUAGUUCAGGUAGGUCCCCAACUUGCUAUGUCGCCGAUGAUGACCUUGAUCCUCCUGCCUCCACUUCCUCGGUUCUGGGAUUACAGGGGUGAGCCACCGUACCCAGUAUUACGUAGACCUAAGGAUCCAGUUCACGACUUUCUUGCACACAAGGCAAGCACUCUGCCAACUGAGCCAUAUCCUCAGCUCCUGGAAUAUGUUUGUGAUGGUGAAAAUGCAUCCCGUGUACAGCUGUCCAAGGCAGCGUGUUAAUUUUCCAGUGUUCACAUGAUGAGGACUAGGGCCGUCUCUGUGUCAAACCCUGUUUAUUGUGUGCAGCCCGGUGACCUCUGAUGCUGAUGUGGCCAGGGAGACAGGCCAAAUCAUUCCAGAGCUGGCCGCGGCUGGUGAGAGGAAGCUUCCACUGGAGCUUAGACUGUGCCUGCUGCACAGGGAGCCUCUCUUUACCCCGAACCUGGCUCGUGCCUGAAAUAGUGCAGACACUCAGCAAAGACCCAGUGGCGGAGGCAGGAAGUAGCUUGUGCGAAACACAGAUUCUCCAGGUACUGUCUUUUAUAGACGGUCGAUGUUGGACUCAUUUUACAGACGAGGCUACUAAAGUUCGCAGGACUUUGAUACAUGGGCUAGGGAUGUAGUUGGUAGAGUACUUUCCUAGCAUACAUGAAGCCCUGGGUUGAUUCCCAGCACUCAGAAGGUAGAGACAGGAAGAUCAGGUUUAAGAUCUGGCUAAGACAUUUGCCAAACCCGAUGACCAGAGUUCAGUCCCUGGGUCCCACAUGGUGGAAGGAGAGAACCAACUCCUGCCAGAUGUCCUCUGAGCCUCAUACAUGGUGACAAGGUACAGGAACACACACACACACACACACACCAUAAAUAAACAAAUGGAAAAAAAGAAAAGAAAAAAACCCUUUGCUUUAGACAGGGUCUCACUACAUAACCCUGGAUAGCCUGAAACUCGUUGUAUAGACCAAUUUGACCUAAACUCAGAGAUCCACAUGCCUCUGCUCCCCUCAAGUGCUGGGAUUAAACGGGGUGUGCCACUAUGCCAAGUUCAAGAAGAACUUUUUAAAGAAGUCCCAUCAUCCUUCUUCCCAGGCCCCCUCACUCAUGUGCAGGGAUUGGAGAGGAGGAAGAAACUGUUUCGGAUGGCCAGGCCUGUGUGACGCCCUGGGAGAUAAGGGGACAGGAAGAGCAACAUGUCUGAAUGCUUGGCCGAUGCCAUGUGCCAGCGCUGCCAGGCCCGGUUUGCACCCACAGAGCGCAUUGUCAACAGCAAUGGGGAGCUGUACCAUGAGCACUGCUUCGUGUGUGCACAGUGCUUCCGGCCGUUCCCUGAGGGGCUCUUCUACGAGUUCGAGGGCCGGAAGUACUGCGAACAUGACUUCCAAAUGCUGUUUGCUCCAUGCUGCGGAUUCUGUGGUGAGUUUGUUAUUGGACGCGUGAUCAAGGCCAUGAACACCAACUGGCAUCCAGGCUGCUUCCGCUGUGAGCUGUGUGACGUGGAGCUGGCUGACCUGGGCUUUGUGAAGAAUGCAGGCAGGCACCUCUGCCGGCCUUGCCACAGCCGGGAGAAGGCCAAGAGCCUGGGCAAAUUCAUCUGCCAACGGUGUCACCUAGCCAUCGAUGAACAGGCCCUCAUGUUCAAGAACGAUCCCUACCACCCGGACCAUUUCAGCUGUUCUCACUGUGGGAAGGAGCUGACCUCCGAGGCCCGAGAGCUGAAGGGGGAGCUCUACUGCUUGCCUUGCCAUGACAAGAUGGGUGUCCCCAUCUGUGGGGCCUGCCGCCGGCCAAUUGAGGGCCGGGUGGUCAACGCACUGGGCAAGCAGUGGCAUGUGGAGCACUUUGUCUGUGCCAAGUGCGAGAAGCCAUUCCUGGGGCACAGGCACUACGAGAAGAAGGGUCUAGCCUACUGUGAGACCCACUAUAACCAGCUCUUUGGGGAUGUCUGCUACAACUGCAGUCACGUGAUUGAGGGUGAUGUGGUGUCAGCCCUCGGCAAAGCCUGGUGCGUGAACUGCUUCUCCUGUUCCACCUGCAGCAUGAAGCUCACUCUGAAGAACAAGUUUGUGGAGUUCGAUAUGAAGCCUGUGUGUAAAAGGUGCUAUGAAAGGUUCCCCCUGGAGCUGAAGAAGAGGCUGAAGAAGCUGUCUGACAUGACCUCACGCAAGGCCCAGCCCAAGUCUGUGGACAUCAACUCCGUCUGAAGGUCCUCGGCCUCCAUUCGCCUGCCUGCUGAACCUUUGCCCUCCCCCUCCUCCCCCAAUUCCUGCUGGCUGCCUCCCCCUUCCACUCCAUCCCAGGCCCCUCCCUCUGGGAUGUCACCCUUUCUGUCCCCAGUCUACCUUGGGCUAUGUAGUACUUUCUUCUAUUGCUGAGACCUGGCCCAGCCUCAUAGGCAUUUCCUCCUAUACCCACAACCUCCAGGGACAGGAACCAACUGGGGUCAGGAUUAUCUGCCAUUUGCUCGGCCCAAAGAUCCCAGCCUGACACCGGUCCUUUCCGUUCUCCUGGGAGAGCUUCAGUCUCAGAGAGACCCUUGGGCUUGGCUGGGAAGCUGUCCCAGCCCUAGGGCCAGCACCAUGCACAUGGAGGCUUCUGGAGUGGGGGUGGGGCGGCCCUCCAGUUAUUCAACCACAUUAUGUCCGUGUGUGCUCACACUGCAUCAGCGAAUCCAGCCACCUCUGGGAUGAACCAGCUGGAGGGCUGAGAUGCCCAUUUCCUUCACUACUCAGGAGGAGACCUUGCAGAAAGCUUCUGGGUUGCCCACCAAGGCCGGGGUCCCACUUCCAGGGGGCACAUUGCCUAAGCCAGCUCAGACCUGCAAGGGAUCAUCACAUACUUGCACAAUGAAGGCUGAUUUGCACACUGGGA